GCACCCACCCGCCGGGGCCCCGGCCGGACCCUCGGGGCGGCGGCGAGCCCGGCUGCCCGGGUCCCCACGGGGGGCGCGGAGGGGGCUCGGCGCUCCCCUCAGCCCUGGCAGGAUGCUGCCUUCCUCCCGGACCCAGCUGGGGCUCUUCUUCAUCCUCCUCUGCCCCGCCAACAUCAUCGGGCUCUGGUGGGCAGUGGGGAGCCCCCUGGUCAUGGACCCCAACAGCAUCUGUCGCAAGACGAAGCGGCUGGCAGGGAAGCAGGCGGAGCUGUGCCAGCUGGAGCCAGAAAUCGUGCAGGAGGUGGCCAAGGGCACCAAGCUGGGCGUCCGGGAGUGCCAGUACCAAUUCCGCUUCCGCCGCUGGAACUGCACCAGCCACAGCAAGUACUUCGGCAAGAUCCUGCAGCAGGAUAUCCGGGAGACAGCCUUCGUGUAUGCCAUCACGGCGGCCGGGGUGAGCCACGCCAUCACGCAGGCUUGCAGCAUGGGUGAGCUGCUGCAGUGCGGCUGUGAGCUGACGCGGAGCCGGGCUCCCCCCUUGCCCACAGCGGGUCCGGGCACAGAAGGCACAGCCUGGGAGUGGGGGGGCUGCGGGGACGACGUGCAGUUCGGCUACGAGAAAUCCCAGCAGUUCAUGGAUGCCAAGAGCAAGAAGGGCAAAAAUGACAUCCGCGCUCUUAUCGACCUGCACAACAAUGAGGCCGGGCGCUUGGCGGUGCGCAGCUACAUGAGGACAGAGUGCAAAUGCCACGGGCUGUCGGGCUCCUGCACCCUGCGGACCUGCUGGCGGAAGAUGCCCCAUUUCCGCGAGGUGGGGGACCGCCUGCUCGAGCGCUUCAACGGGGCUUUCAAGGUGAUGGGAGGCAAUGACGGGAAAACCCUCAUCCCCGUGGGUGACAACAUCAAACCUCCCGACAAGCAGGACCUCAUCUACUCGGCCGACUCACCCGAUUUCUGCUCAGCUAACCGUAAGACGGGCUCGCUGGGCACCCGGGGCCGCGUCUGCAACAGCACAGCCAUGGACACGAGUGGGUGCGACCUGCUGUGCUGCGGUCGAGGGCACCGGGACGAGACGGUGGUGCUGGAGGAGAACUGCCUUUGCCGCUUCCACUGGUGUUGUGUGGUGCAGUGCCGCAAGUGCUCCGUCCGUCAGGAGCUCAGCCUCUGUGUCUGACCGCCUGGGGUUGGGUGAGGACAAUUUGGGGCACCACCCCCAAGCUCAUGCCGCAGCCCCCCCGGGACAGAGACAGGCUGAGCCGGUGGCAGGGAUGGCAUGGGUGAGCCCAGCUCUGCGCCCUGGGGAGUCCCAGCUUCCCUGGGGGACAGCGUGGGGCUGCCUGGCAUCCCCACAGCCCUCACCGUGGGGGCUGUGGGUGCAGAGCUUCCACUAAUAAAGCUAUUUAAAGCUGGUGUGCCACAGCGCUUCCUGGGGAGGGCUGGGAAGCGCUGACUGCUGUACUGGGAUGGAACCGGCUGGAGAGCCGUCCUGCCCCGGCCAUGAGUCCUGAUCAGCCAGGCUCCCUCCAGCCUCCUGUUCCUGCUGGCCAUCGUGGGACCCAUGGCAGAGUCCCGCUCAUUUUUUAUCCACACUCUGCUUUUCUCCAUGUUGUAGAGCCAGGAGAUGAGUGUGGAUGAGGGCGAGUGCUCUCCUGCCCUGCUCUGCAGCCCCCAGGCGGGGUGGGUGCUCUCCUCCUAUCGUCCAUGACCACCAACACUUGGGGAUGCCAGUUUGUGUCCUGCCACCACCCUACCUGGGAUGUUUGUGGUGACCUGCAGUCCACGGUCCUUCCGCUCAUCCCUCAUAAAGGAGGUACAGCUAGCUGCCCUGACACCAUGGUGAUGGGCUGUGAGUUUCUUGAAGGUAUCCUCUAUUUUUUUACUCCGUCUUCAGCCAACGUUGCUGCAGUCCGCGCCACACGGCCUGGCAUGGAGAAGCCCUGCGUGGCACUGACACUGUUGGCUUGGUGGCAUGUAAGGCAUUCGCUUGGCAUGCCGUGGGCCAUCUGCAACCUCAGCUGACCCGCACCAUGCCAGGCACAUCUUGGUAACCUGAUCAGCUAGUGCCCCUCAUGGGCAAACACAGGGCGAGGAGCAGCCCACCAGGACAGGCUGCCAUCCCUCUGCUCCCGAGGCUCCGGGGGUGUCCAAGGGGGUCCCUCCCAUCCUGCAAGGAGCCCAGAGGGAACUGGUUUCUCCAGCCCUAGCCAGCGUGGGGGUUUAGGUAACUAACUGCAGAGGGGAACAUGUGUGUGCAGCACCCGCUUGGCUGGCAAUGCCACACUGGGCGGAGGAGCCCUCGAGGGACGUCAGCAGAGCCAGAACCUGGGCAGAGAGGUCCACGCUCCUGUGCCUGCCCUCCAUGCUGUAGCAACGCAGGGCAUGGGGGCUUUGCCCAUCCACCCCUCUGCAAAAGGGCUACUGGGGCUCUCAGCCGAGUCGGGCAAGGCCCCGCGCACUGGGUGCUGCCAGGCAGGGCAGGAGCGGAGCUUGCAGUGCUGGGCACACUGGAAGGCAAGGGGAGCUGCGGUGGGGUGCUAGUGAUGCCCACCAGGGGGUCCUUCCUUGCCCCCCCGCCCCAGGCAGCCAGCGGGGAAGGGCAGGGGAAGCAGGGUGCUGGUGAACCAUUAACUUGGCCCAGCAAGUGCUGGGGUGGGAGCCUCUAAAUCUGUCAGCUGCAGCUUUGCAGCUGGAAACUCCCUCCUGGCUUGCCCACAGCGGUGCUGGGAGAGGGGAGGCACAUGGGGCUCCCGGGAACUCCCGGCCACGUGCCCGCCCAUGGGAACACAAGGGUGGGUGUGAGUGGGGCUGGGUGGGUGUGGGUGAAGGUACCUGUGCAUGCAACCAGUUCAGCAUGCAUAUGUGUGCAUGCACAGGUAACACGUCUAUGCGUGUUCACAACCA